UUUGAGAGGACUGGGUCUGCUUAAGCAGCUAGUAACAAGAGCUGCCUUCUUUUGUUCCCAAACAGCAAAGUUUUUAUCAAAGGCCCAAGGAGCUAAGCAUCAUCUCACAGCCUGUGAGGAAACACAGAGAGACCGAGGCAGGGAGACAGAGGACUAUGGUGAACACCUAACUCUCCCAAACAGGACACUAUGAGGGAGUGUGUCCACUCGCUGCUCCCAGCACUGACCUGUCUGCUGGCAGUCUGGGUGGGGCCAGUCAACCCCCAGGCAGACAGCAUCUGUAACAGCCUGGAGUUCCGCCGCCUGACUGUACCCCUACAGAAUGAACACCAGUGUAUGGUGCUAGAGAAGUUACAGACAGAGCUGGGACAGGACAAGAGGCUCAGGGAUUCCCAGUACAAUGAAAUCAUUGGUCUACUACAGAUGGUUGAAAGACGGAUGAAGACUGGUUUUAGAAAGUCAGCUGUCAUUGUGGAUGACCCAAGAGCAAAAGUGAAAAGUUUCCCUGGUCUGAAGGGCAUACCAAUGAGCCGAGAUUGCUAUGAGCUACACAAGAGUGGUAUUAACAUCAGUGGUGUGUACCCCAUCAGGCUGAGCAGUGAGGCCAUCGUCAAUGUCUGGUGUGACAUGGAGACGGAUGGUGGCGGGUGGACCAUCGUCCAGAGACGUAUUGAUGGAUCCAUCAACUUCACACGUAACUGGAACGAGUACACAUUUGGUUUCGGCAACACAAACACUGAGUAUUGGCUGGGCAAUCAGCACCUACAUGACAUGACAUCUAAAACCUCCUACACGCUGCGUGUGGACAUCUGGGACUGGGAAGGCAGUCAAGCUUCCGCCUAUUACGACAAGUUUAAAGUGUCCAGUGAGUCAGAUGGCUUCAAACUGACUGCCCAAGACUACCACGGCGAUGCAGGCGACGCAUUUAACUUUUACCACAAUGACAUGAAGUUUAGUACGUAUGACAAAGACCAGGAUGCCUGGUAUGGGAACUGUGCCCAGAAGGAUCAGUCCGGCUGGUGGUUCAGAGCCUGCGGCUUCUCCUCCCUCAACGGGCUGUACCACCCAGGGGGACAGGCCAACAUCGCCCCAGACGGACUCAUCACGGGAGUCACGUGGUACCACUGGAAGAACGACUACGCCUAUUCCAUGAGGCGAACAGAGAUGAAGCUCAAGCCUAAGGUGGCUCUCUCUGUUGAGGGGGAGGAGAACGGAGAGGAAGACGAUGAAGAUGAGGACUAUGACGAUGAAGAUGAAGACUAUGAUGAUGAAGAGGAUGAAUAUGAAGAAGAAAAUCUAGUUCGUGAAGAUCGAUAUGGCCGGCCUGCACCAAUAGGUUAAGCCACAGAGGUUUAUUGUCCAUGUACUAUAGAUGGCUGUAUGGCCAAGUUCACUCCAAAUACAGACUACCUUCCACUCUGACCAACAAACCUUUACUAACCCCAAAUGUGAAAAGGCCACAGGCUGGUUUUACACUCAAGUCAAUUAAAUAUAUAGAUAUGGCACAGGGAAAACAAAUUUUGUGAUAGUUACCUGUAGACGGGACUUCAUUUCACCGAACUAGUUUUUGGAAUUUGAUAGGUGUCAUAUUUUAUCUAAUUGCAUUAAGACUUCAGGACAAUACAUAAAUGUGUAGCACUGACUAGAUUAGGGUCAGCUGACAACAUUUAUGUGUGUUAUAUCCAGAACACGAUAAUAUAAACAACUAUUCUAAUACUUA